AAGCCUCAAAAUACUACUGAUACUUCCGGAAUACCGCCUACCAGCACUUCCGUCCGCGCUUCUCUUGCUGGCGAUCCCUCCUUAGUGCACCUGGACUUUCUACCGGUUCCGGCCGCGCCUAUGCUACACUCAAUUACCCUACCUCCACCUUUGUCGCAGCGUAAACGCGUCCAGAGCUGGGCUAUAAUCCUAAGCGGUCUCGAUAACGCGUCGCGUAGGCAAUGCGCGCUCGUAUCACGAACAUUUCGCUACGCUGGUCUGCAGUUCUCGAUCUGUCUACCAGUUCAUCUAUGCAUGCUCAUUCCCCUUGACCACACAGUGUACCUUUCCGCCAUUCACAUCCUCGAUCGCAAAUUUCGCGGAAAGCGUACUACCAGAGAUACAAAGCCGUUUUCUCACGCGAUGACCAACUUUUGGCCGUACCUCCGGGCGCGCGAGGAAGAGGCAAGCAAUCGAGAGCGCAUAUACUCACGGUCUUUCCUUGGGCGGCUCGAAGCAACCGGGAGAGCCAUCCCGAUCUCGCCCCGCUUAUGGGGCAGUCCAGACCAUGAGAAACAAGCGACUGUCGCAGUGCGGUUUGUCCUCGCGUCGUUCUGGUUUGCUCUCUCGAUUGGCGGCAGGAGGUCUGAAGACUGGCUCCGAGGGCUUGUCGUCGACGCUCAGGAAGUCGUGCCCCACGAGGUUUGGUCUAUCACCGUUGAGCACCCUGACGGACCUGGCAACGCAUCCUGCGCCUCGCGCUUCUACGUGCUUGAGUCGACCUGCGAGGUUAUUGGGACCGGCACGGGAUCGUCGAAUGGGGAUGCUUCGAUAUGUAGUCUCGGCCCUUGUCUUAGCCUGCGAGUGGACUGGUCAGCUUUCAUUAACCAUUGGGCUCGAAGCGCCUCCAGGACCCCUGAAGGCCUGCUCCUCCAACAUCUGAAGUGGGCAAACCACGAGGAGUACGACCGCGGUAUCAGCAGACUGUGGAGCAAGAGAGCCAUGCAAGAAGGCGAAGUCGGCCGGGCGAAGCGCAUCGUCGCAGAAAGAUACGUGCUCGCGUGCGUCGUUGCGAAUAGUGUCAGUGGCUCGUGGAUGUCGGCCACCGAGAUGGCUCAGGACUUCGCCGGGCUGCCGAAUCGUCACGAAAAUCCCUUAGUGAAACUGAGCAGCAGGGACCUGCCCGUCAAUCUCUUCCUGCCAGCCACCCAUCAUGUCGAGAGCGUUCACUUUACGACGUCUUCUAAGAUGGCUCUUCACUCAGCACUGGCAGCUGUGCAGACUUCAGCCAGGGAAUACUUCGUGUUGAGGGAUAUUGGCUUCGAAGUGGGGUGCGAAGAGGAGGGCAUUGCGUCACUAUGGAUGGAGGUUCUAGAUUGCGACGGCAAGGGAGUUCCUGUAUAGACCUCCGCUAAAUUUUCAAAUCCUUGUACUAGUAGCAGAUGGUCGUCUGUCUUCAAGAAGUAAUAAUGUAAGGAUUAGUAGCCG